AUGGUUAACCUUUGUUUCUAUGUCGAACAAAUCGACAAAUUACAAAUCGUGCACUCAGAAAAAGACACUAGCCGUUUCCAAUGGCGGAUCGUACACCGUUGCCGCAUUGCAAAAUCAGUCAAUAGUCAAUACAAUGAAAGGUGUUGCACGACGCUAACGCUGCGUUGCGGUCGCGAUGAAGUAUACAACAUAGUCCUUGGAAACAUGCAAGUCAGCGGGUUAAAUCGUGCAAUUAUAGCAACGAGCCUACUAGGUGUGCUGGUGUCCACAUACGCACUGUAUGUGGGGCUAGCAGUGGAGGCGAAGCCAGGAUACAAAGCAUUUUGUGAUUUAUCUGAAUAUGCCAGUUGUUCAAAAGUUCUAACAUCUAAGUACGCAAAGGGAUUAGGUCUCGCAGCCUCGGAUUCUAUGUUUAAAAUACCCAAUUCUGCAAACGGAAUUAUUUUCUAUUGUAUUAUAAUAUUUUUAACUACCUUCGAUAAAAUUACUGCGGUGAAAAUACAAAUUGGUCUUUCGGUGGCAUCACUAGCAAUUUGCGUUUAUUUGGCAUAUCUAUUAAUGUUCGUGCUAAUAGAUUUUUGUUUGUUCACGCAUAGCAAGGAGAAGGAAGUAGGCUACUUUUAUUCUUGUUAUCCAAAACUCUACAGGUUGCGAAUUGGUCUAAGCUUUGAGCGAAGUGUGGCACUUGGUUUUUUUAAAUACCUACAUGGCUGUAAA